CAAACGUUACUCCGCCUGUUGAAUCCUGUUGAUCUCUGAGGUGUGAAACAGAAGACAGAGGUCGUCCUGAAGGACUUGCAGAAGCAUUUCCGGGGAGGAUGGUUUGCCAACAUGCAGAGUCUCACUAUGUUCUUCCGGAAAUACCUGACCCCUGAAGAGAGAGCAGAUGUGCUAAUGGUGUCAAUGGAGGCCAUGACCAGUGCCAACAGGAAAGACGCCUUCGCGGCUUCCAAGAUGCUAAAGAUGAUCCUGAAGUACUCUAUGCCAGAAAUUGGGAAGGUGCCAGAAAUCAUCCAGUACAUUUACCACAAUGUGAACAACAUCACCGAAACCACAGCCCAAGGGACCAUAGAGAAGAUCCUUUACCUGCUGGCCCAGACCUACACUGAUGAAGUUAUCUUGACACUAUUUAAGAUGGAGGAUCAGUCACAAAGAGUGGUUCAUAAGCCCUGGGAAAUCCUGGCAUCAUUCCCCAAAGGCUAUGAAGUGAUCAUGGAAUUUCUGAUGCAGAAACUGACUCCAUACCAGAAAUCAAAGGGACAGGAGACCAGCCACGGGAUGGAGAUCUCUCCAUUGAUUGCCACCAGGGCCAUCCAAGAGCUCCUGCUUGAACCAAGUCGGCGGAUGGAGAUUCAUACCUUCUUCUCCUCCCUGUUUAUGGCCUUGCUCUUCCGGAUCUCCUUUCUCGUGCUUGAAGGGGACACGGACAUCCAGGAUGAGCAACAUAUAACCGGAUGGGUGGACCCUGUCAGUUGCAGCAUAGAGGCCCUGAAGACCUUGAUGCUAAGUACCGGGUAUGGAGACCACGUGUCUUAUGUUCAGAAACUUGGGGGCUGGGAGCUGCUCAGCAGUCCCGAAAGACACUAUGAGGGGGUCACUCUGCUGGCCAGGACCAUGGUCAUCAAGAACUGUUGGCACAACAGCCCCAUCUUCAGUUUCAUCAUCAGCAUGCUCCAAGACCUGAACUACACGAAUCACUUAACGGCCUUCGUGUUCAUGACGGAACUGCUCCGGUGCCCAGGGGUGGCGGCCAUAGCAGAUGAAGCCACUCUCCGCAUAUUGGCAAACUGGUUCCAACAUGAGGAGCCCACCACGGUGAAGCUCUUGCUGCGGAUGGUGGUGAUUUUUGCAAAGCACGGGAACAUGGUGCGACAGCUCCGUGUCCUCCAGCCCUAUGUGCUGAACUGCUGCUACUCCCUGGACAGCGACAUCGUCACGGAGACAUUCGCGGCGCUCAAGUGUCUCACGCAGCUCCUCAGCUGGCGGCAGAACGCCUCUUUCUUCGUUCAGCUCUCCUUCACGCUUGGGCCCUUCUUUGAGGAGGAGUCAGAGCACCUGCGCCUGAUGGCCUUUGAGACCUACAGGGCUCUCUUGGCUAAGGUCAAGAGGAGAGUGCUUGUCUUCCCCUUGAAGCACCAGGUUCUCAACUUGAUAGUCCCCCUCGUGCUCCACCUGGAGGAUGUGAAUGUCAGCGUGGCUCAGAUCUGCCGGCCUGCGCUCUGCCACACGGCCGUCAUACUGGGCUGGUCAAGGCUCAAAGUGAUUUUUGCCGAGAAAGAUGUAUGGACUAUCCUCAGAGCCCUGCUGAAGCAGAAGGCAAACAAGGCCCCCUGGUUUCUGAAGCAGUGUGUGGCCUUCUUCAAGAGCCCACAGGCCCCCAUCCGCCAGACAGCAGUACGGUUUGCAGGCCAGAUCAUCCAAACCCUCGACAGGAGAGAAGUUGGUGAUAUCGAGGACGUAUACGCAGCCCUAAGGUCCAUGCAGGAAGACCCCGACCCCAUGGUCAGCUGCCUCGCCACUCAGACCCUUUACAUCCUGGAAGCCAAGGAGAAGCAGCUGGCCAACACCCCUACCUCCUGCUUCUGCAGCCGGAGGCCUUGA